AUUAUUGUCAAGCUACUAAAAAAUGUAAUCAGGCUAGUUAUUUUGCUACUUUUAAGCACUUCUCAACUGUUGUGCACAUAAUUGUGUAUCAGUUUGUGUUCAGUCAUAUCUCUAGGCAGAGCUCUGUCUCCUGGAGAAGCAUUUAGGGGUCUCUUAGAUUCUGUGCCUCUGAUUGGCCACAUCCUCUGUGAAACACGUGCCGCCGUCUCCCCCUCCCAGCCCUUUAGAUGAGAAGUAGCGCUGCAGAGGAGACCGUCCUCACCGCAUAUCAACCUGAGAACUAAUAAGACCGAACACAAUCCUGCCAAACUUGUGUCUCUCGCCGUCAGCUAUACACAUCUGCCUGCCACCCUUCUUCAGUGUCCUUAGAGGUGUUUUGAGGGGUAAAAUGGGCAGACAAGGGCAGGAUGGCAGCGCCACUGUCCCCGGCAUGCGGAUACAGCGCUCGCAGAGCCGGCUCAGCCUGUCUGCCUCCUUCGAGGCACUGGCUAUCUAUUUCCCCUGCAUGAACUCCUUUGACGAGGCAGACCGAGAGGAGGGUAAGAAAAAGAAGCCAGUGCGGCUGGCAAUCCAGCGGAGCGUGGAGACGGGUUUAGCCGUCGAGAUGAAGAGCAGGAUGACACGGCAGCCCAGCCGAGACACCUCGGACGAUGGUGAGAAGCCAAAACCUGGAAAUCUGAUCUUCCCUGGAGUGAAGAUCUCAUCAGACAGCCAGUUCACUGAGUUUUUGGACGGUCUUGGCCCAGCCCAGCUGGCAGGGAGACAGACAUUGGCCACACCUCCAAUGGGCGACAUCCAGAUUGGCAUGGUACACAGGAAAGAAAGGCUGGAUGUUGAAGUUAUUCGGGCUCGAGGCCUGGUGGGCAAACCAGGGAACAAACAGACCCCAGCACCUUAUGUAAAAGUAUAUCUGCUGGACAAUGGGAAAUGCAUCAACAAAAAGAAAACGCGGACAGCUAGAAAAACUCUGGAUCCUCUUUAUCAACAGCAGCUUCAGUUUGAGGAGAAUCCCGAGGGGAAGGUUUUACAGAUUAUUGUUUGGGGGGACUAUGGACGCAUGGACCACAAGUCUUUCAUGGGAGCCGCCCAGAUCCUUUUAGAUGAUUUAGAGCUGACCAACAUGGUGAUUGGCUGGUAUAAGCUCUUCCCUCCCACCUCAUUGGUGGACCCAACCUUGGCACCUUUAAGUAGUAAACCUCCAGAUUCAGGCCUGGACAGUUCCAACGUUCGGUCGUAGCGGCACGAGGAGGUGAGCGGCCGGCGUGAGUAGCUCCGGAGAGGGUCUCGACAGGUCACGUCCUGGUUACACUGCAUGCUUGAUGUGUUGUGUCCUCUGAGCCCGUGCAACAAGAGGCAAAGAAAAGGCCUGCGUCCUGCCAAAAAAAAUAUAUAUAUGGAAAGAAAUUGUAUGCUGCUGUCGCACGCAGGGAAUGUUCGGGGAUUCGGCAGAGUCUCUUAACAGGAGAGAAAGGAAGACGCUGUUUUACGCUGGAUGUCAGUGUUUCUUACCUAGAACUUGAUGCGUUGUAGCCAUUACUAUAAGCCAAGCUGUCAAAAGAAGAUCUAUAAAGAGAGAAGCAUUUGGCAAAAAUGGAAUUGGAAAGGGUAACCUAGGAUAGAUGACGUCCUCAUCCUACAUCAAGCCUGAUCUCCAAUGGAUCGAUCUUCAAAUCGUUCGCUGAUGAGGAAAUGGAUACGGCCAGAGAUCCUGUCUGAUUCAGGAAACGACACAAUUCUGAAGAAAAAAAAAAAAUAAUAUAAAUAAAUAAUGGACCUUUUGUGCUCCGGUAUGAUGUUCUCUUUGUUGUACUGUAUGAGAUUUAUAAUUUUUUUUCUUUUUUUCUUUCUUUUUUUUGCAUGGAUGCAAAGUUGUUUUUUUUAAAAAAAAAAAGAAAAAAUUCUAUGGUUAUUUUCCUCGAGAAAAAAAAAAAAAAGAAAGAGAGGAAGAUACUUAUUUAAGGAUGACCAGAUCAGCCAUUUUCAACAGUUUGUAUUAUUUUUUAAUAUGAAAUUCUCUAGUGCAUGAUUUUCAAAGGGACUGAAUGCAAAACGAUAACUACGUGAUUGUCAUCCUUUAGAAUAUUCUUCUGUAUUUUUACAGAUCUCGGUUACAGGUGUGACCUGGUGAGACUUUGUAUCUCAUAUUAUUAACGGUAAAAAAAGCAAGAGAUGGUUGAAGAAAACAAUAAAUGUACAAUAUUUAUUUCGAUAUAAAGCCGUGACAUGAAAAUUGUACAUUUCUCCCUUCAAAUGCAGCCAUAAAUGUGUUCAUGCGGAGACAGAGCUGUCGUGUUCUGUUCCACUAGAUUGGCUCAUUCAUUCAAAGCAAGCAUGUUGAAAAGGGUCUGCAACAUGGAUUGAGCACACCGUCUGAGUAAUACAGCAUGUUUUGAUAGAGACAUCUGGGAAUUUUUUGCAGUUUUAUGUACAGUGCAUGUGGACCGGAGGCUCUGUCGCCCCCCACCGCCGAUCCAGUGGCGUCCACGGGGUUCAGGUCGGGGUUGAGGUUUCGUGGCCGACGGUUCAGACGUUCAACGCAACAUUCCACCUCUUGGCACUCAUCUUAUCUUGAAGUUUUGAAAAGAAAAAGAGAAUCAAACAGACAAAAGAGAACUUAAAAAAAAAGAAAAUUUAUAUUUAUUCAAGGUUGACUUGAAAAAGGUUGCAAGUAUAUUUUAUUUUAUUAUUGUUAUAAAGAAAAUGUUAUAAAAAUGGAUCCCAUUGGAUGGUGCUGUACAAGUCUCUGAUCUCAGAGUGGACUGGACAAUGUUUAUACACGUUGUGUUAGUCGACACAACAGACACUGGUUGUCGGAUGAGGAGUCACAGUUCAUGGAGAUGGGAAAAUUGCCACACAAUAUGAAUUUUUAAUUGUUUCUUGUUUUGAGAGAAUAAAAUUCAUUUACUAA